AUGUACCUUCGUUGCAAUCUUUCUAGAGUAAGUCAGACUGCAAGCAACUAGGAAGUAUUGUCAUUCGCCUCACAAAACCUGUAACAUCCAUUGCUACCUGAAAAAACUGUUUAACUUUCACCGAGGGUUUUGAGCAAGGAACACUGAUUCUAGUCUACUUUUUAGGAAGUACUAUCGGAGUCAAUUAUAAUGUUCUUGCAGUACAAGCAAAGUUAAACUGUGUGUAGUGUUUACGAGCCACAAGGUUACGGUUGGUGCUAUAUUCAUUGUAUGGAAGGUUAGUGAGUAGGGACUUCUCUUGUCUAUACGUUCUACCAGACAUUGCCUUAUCAACAUGGCUUCCAUGCAGAAAGUAAAAUGGAGGCCGCACUACUUCCUCGUCUUGAUCGCUGUGGUGAUGUGGGUGGAAUGCAUCGAUGGAAGCAGGGAUGGCCAGCUGUCAUCCUACCUCAAAGCCGAUUUUGAAGAUGUGUCAGGCACGGAGCUCAACCAGAUGGUGGUCAGCAAUGAAAGUGGAACAGACUUUGUCUACAUUGGAGGAGUCUCAACACUUUAUCAGCUUGCCUUGAAUUUGACCCUACUGCAGCAGGAGAGCACAGUUCCAAGUAAGGACCCAUGUGAGGACCUAUGCCAGUAUGAUACCAAGAUCUUGGAGGUAGCGCCAUCACCUGUUAGUAAACUCGUUCAGUGCGGUGGACCACUAGGCAAAUGCGAACUUAGGAAUUUGAUGAAUAUUUCAAGAGAAUUUGGUUACACGAUCCACAGAGAAGUAGUACAUGUCGAAGGUAUGUCUGCAGGAGUUGUCGCAGUUCGAAAGUUUGGAGACGAUGAUGACCGUACGGUAAUCAUGUAUGUUGCCCAAUCCCUACCCCAAGUCGAUAGUGGGGCACAACCAAUCACUCAGAGAGAACUGAUGCACCCACUUGAUCCAGAAUACAUAUUUGAAUAUACAGGAGAAAUAGUUGGUGUAAUUGCUGCAGUUAAUUAUACUCAAGGAGUUUCCUGGAAGACUUAUAACUAUUUUAUUGCACAUAGUGGUUCAGAAAAUUCAAGACUAGGUAGAAUCUGUACAGACAAUACUCAAAGUGACCUUGAUGCAUACUCUGAAAUCACAUUGUCAUGCCAGUCCGGGUCGUAUAGCACUCUUCAAGCAGUCUAUAUUGAUUCGAAUGAUGUACUGUAUGGUGUCUUCACAGAUGAAACAUAUUCGGCCUUGUGUUCAUACACAAUGAAUGACAUUCAGGAUAAGUUUGUUGAUGCUACUUGUGGCUGUGUUAUUAAUUCAGAUAGCUGUAGUGGAACAGGAAUAUCAUACAUGAGCGGCGAAGACGGCAAUUCAAUUUGCACACCUCUUGCAAGGUCCAUCACUAGAGAAACUAUUGAGGAAACUCUUCAGUGUGUCAGCAGUGAUGGCUUUAACAGUUACAAAUAUGCACAGGCUACAACUCCCCUCAUGGGAAACCCUCUUGCAGCAGAUCUUCCUGGACAACAUUCCUCUAUCGUCACCCUUAGUAAAGAAAAUGAAACUGUUGCCUUGGUUACCACCUCAACAACAUCAGCUGCUACUCUCAGCAAGAUUCAUGUACAGCCUGACAAUACUGGGAGACUUUACGAGACGAUCAAUUUUGAUGUUGAUGGCAAUGUCUUACAUGAUGUACAUAUCAACGAGGAUAGCGAGGAGCUGUAUAUUCUGACCACCAAGGAGCUUAUGCAACUGGCUGUCAUCAAUUGUAGCCAGUAUUCAAGCUGUGAUGAAUGCCUCGGACCAACCAAUGAGGAAGGGGAUCCUUUCUGUGGCUGGUGUACAUUGGAAACAAAGUGUAGUAGAUCCAACGAAUGUUCAGAUUCUGAUACUGACCCUUUAAACUGGCUUCAGUAUAACCAAGACUGCAUUGCCAUUAACAACUUGGAUCCCCCUUCCCAGGAUAUAGUCAGCGCUUCUCGAUCGGUUUCAUUCAGUGUAUCUCAGCUACCAUCCAUUCAAUCUGGAUCUGAAUACACCUGUCGGUUUGAUGACGUUGUUACCGACACGACUAUCAAUGGAACAAACUUUACUUGCAUGACACCUGCAGAAGGUGUCAGGCCAGCCAUACCAGAUGGUGAAAAUUCUGUUACCAUGAAGCUCGGUAUACAUUCUAGUGCAACAGAUAAUAUCAUUGUGGUGGAAGAUUUUGACUUCUUUGCGUGCUCUGCAAUAAACAGUUGUUCAGAAUGUGUGAUGAGUGAUUUUGGUUGUGACUGGUGUAUCUUUGGAGGCGGAUGUACCUUGGAUGGGUCAAGUAGCUGUCCCAAUGACGUUGUUAACGCACAGGACUCCUCGUCAUGUCCCCAGCUAGAAAACGUGUCGACAGAGAUCUUGAUACCUGUAGGCCUGGAUCGUGCUAUAUUACUCACAGGCAGUAACAUCCCAUCUGGGCCUGAGGUGGAUUACAAAUGCAUCCUGAGCAAAGAUGGAACGACAUUCAGGGAAGUCGGUGUAAGUCAUUACAAUAGUACAUCCGUGGAAUGCCAAGAAACAGUGUAUGAUUAUGAUCCAUCUGAUGGUCUAGAAGUACAAGUCAGCAUUCGUGUGGAGUACAUGGCUGGAUUUUCCCUUGAUAAUCAAGAAAAUACAGUAACCCUGUAUAAUUGCUCUGUGAGUGGAGUGAACUGCCGUAGUUGUGUGACAACGUCGAUCAGAGCGGAGCUUGGAUGUGGAUGGUGUACCGGAUCCUUGUCCUGUCAGGUGAAUGCCACUGACGAACCAUGCGACAGUGACUUUUUUGGAAGAGGACAAUCAAACAGCUGCCCAGACCCCCAAAUUACUAAACUCUUCCCUGUUACGGGGCCAGUGGAGGGUAACACUAAUCUGACUAUCAGCGGUACAAACCUGCCUGCAGAAGAGAAUGAGACUGUUAACAUUACAGUAGCAGGAGUGGAAUGCUUGAUCAUAGAUGGCAGCUUGGAUCCAGGAAUCAGUAUUAAUUGCUCUACUGGAAGCUCGGACAAUCAAACUCUGGAAGGCGUUGCAACGGUUGUCUUUGUCUUUGGGACUGCUGUGUCAGAUGAAUCCUUCAUAUACCGGAACCCUAAAGUUACUGGUUUCUCACCUCUAAGGGGGAUAAGAGCUGGAGGGACCGAGAUGAAUAUCACCGGGGAAGACCUAGCUACAGGGAGAGUCAUCAGGGUUUCGGUAGGGGAGGCUGAAUGCAACAUAAUGGAGAAUGGUGUAACUCCUGAGCUGAUACAAUGCCAAACUGGAUCCGGGGUCAAUGCUUCAUCAGUUAUCGUGAGUUUCGAUGGAGCAGAGAGAGUGGUUCCGGGUGAAUAUAGUUAUGUCAGUGAUCCUGUCAUUACUGGUUAUACACCCAAGGAAUCCAUCAUGUCGGGCGGAAUCGAGCUGACUGUUUCAGGGUCAGGGUUCUUUGAUGUACAGACUGCAAUAUUGCAACUAACCUUUGAUGAUGAGGUCAUUUACCAGGAAUGUUCGGUGAACAAAAAUGACACAAUUUACUGCUUGACCCCCGACCUGGACAAUACAUCAGACAUGACACCAGCCCCGUCACGUCGACGUAGAGAGGCAACUUCAAUAGAAACUGCUUUCCUCUUGGACGGUCUAACAGUUUCAUCAUUUGAAGACCUGUCAGUUCAUCCUGAUCCAGUAUAUGAAGAAUUGACAAGCGCCUAUGUCAUCUCGAGUCCAGGAGAAGCAGUGACACUUAGAGGAGAGAACCUCAUGGUACCAUUAGAGAGUACCGAGGACUUUGUGACCGUUUGCAUGGGCAAAGGAGAGUGUGACGUGACGGAGGUGACGACGACUUCAUUGGCCUGUUUGUCUCCUAUAGAACAACCAGAGAAUGGAGUAUGCAAAGGAGAUGAUACUGGUCUUCCUGAUGCCCUCAACAUUGUGGUGUUUCAUGGGAAUAAUCUGAGACAGGUCGUGGGUCAAGCCCAAUAUGACAGUGGUUCUAUAUGGCCUGCCGUCGUUGGAGGUGUUGUGGGAGGGGUCGUGGUCCUAAGCAUCGUCAUCUUCCUGGCGUUUGUGUGCGUCGGGCAUAGGAACUACAAAGCCCAGAUCAGGAAUACGGAAAUGGAAAUGGAGAACCUCAUGCAACAUUCCAGAAGAGAGGUCAUGACCGGUUUCUUCAUAGACCAGGAGAUGACAGACAUUGAAGAACAACUGAGGGGUCUGGGUAUGCCGUUUGUCAGUAACCAUGACUACAUGAAGAGCAUGUUAUUCUUUGGUUUGGAUGUCAAGCCUGUGACCACAGAACCAGAAAUCCCAAGCGAGAUGGAGCAGCGUGCUAUGCUGGAGUUCUCGAAGCUCAUCAGCAACAAAGAUUUCCUGAUUGUUUUCAUACACACUCUUGAUAGCUGCAAACAGAUCUCUACCAAGGAAAAAGCCAACAUAGCAUCACUCCUCACUGUUGUACUGGUCAUGGAAGGGAAGUUUAGAUAUUUCACAGAUGUGCUGAUGACCCUCAUGAGUGAAACGAUAGGUGAAGCAGCCGAUAGACAGAGACUCAAACAACUAUUCAAAAGGACAGAAACCUUGGAAGAUAAACUGCUGAACAACUGGAUCGCUUUAGCCAUGUUCAAAUUCAUUAAGGAAUCUGUCAGUCAGCCCUUGUACAAGCUCUACCAAGCUAUCAAGAUUCAAUGCGAGAAAGGACCCGUGGAUGCUGCGACAGGACAGUCUUACUUCUCGCUCAGCUUUGACAAUCUCCUUACAGAGAGCCCAGAGUUUGAAGAAGUGACGUUGAAUGUAGAGAGUGAGUUGGGGCAGGAAUCAGUCAAGGUCUUGAAUGUAGAUACUAUCACCCAGGUGAAAGAGAAGAUCCUGGAUGCCAUGUACCGCAAGAAACACACCAAGUAUCAGCGCAGUGCUAGAGAGGUGGAUCUUGUUUUGAAGAGUGGCGGUCAAGGGGAGCUGAUUGUGAGUGACUUUGACACCUCUACGACGGCUUCAAUGGGAUGGUGUCCCAUCAACACCCUCCAGCACUACGGAAUUUCAUCUGGAGUACCGGUCAGCCUGACUGACAAAAAAGACAUGCCCAAUGCUCAGCCUGUACCCAUGAAUAAUGAUGCUAAUAACCUGUUCACCCUGUUCCCAGAAUUUCAUAAGCAUUCUAAAGAUGAUGCCACUCGUAUGUCGGUGCGUGUGACCGGUCACCAUGAAUACUUUUCUCAUGAUCUUGAGAAAGGUCCUAAGGACGUCAAGUACUAUCACUUGGUCCAGUCUGAGGAUAGUGACGAGCAAGAUCAAGAUAGAGAUGAAGGAUUCUUUGGCAGAAUGCAGCGAGUCUUGUGCUUCAAGGGUACGCAGGGAAGACGCAAGAUUAGAGAGAUCUAUCUCCAGAGGCUGGUUUCUGUCAAGCAAUCUAUCAACGGCUUCGUGAAUGAAGCUCUAGAUGCCAUGUUUACCAUCCAGGAAGAUGGGUAUGAGAACAACAUGAACAACAUCCCCUUUGCUCUCAGAUUCCUCUUCAAUUUCUUUGACGAGGAGGCCAGUCGAUAUGAUGACGAUGGCACAGCUGCUACCUGGAAGAACAACACCUUGCCUCUUCGUUUCUGGGCGACGAUACUUGCCCACCCGUCCUUCAUCUUCAACAUGCGUCAGUCUCGCACUGCUGACACCUCGGUCACCGUCUUAAAUCAAAUGCUGGAUAAUGCAUGCAAGGGUGUGGUCCCAACACUUAAGAUGAAUUCCUCCCCAAGUAGGCUUCUCUUCAACAAGGAGCUACCAGCCUAUAUCUCCCUCCUCACUACCUACUACGACAACAUCAACAAGACUCUACGUUUGGAGGAGGACGAACUGAAGGUAGAGUGCCAACGCAUCGAUGAGGAAUUCACUGGAUUGUUCAGCCGUUUGACCAGUCUCAAGCAGCUCUAUUCACGUAUUCGUCCACAUGAAACGAUGCUUGUUGAAGCUCUCCAGGAAGAUGAGAUAUGCAGUUCAGCUCACUUUGCCAGCAGUCUUGAGAGAGUAGGCAACACCUUAGAUCAACAUGAGGAUUAGUUACCAUCUCACUAUAAUGGUAUAUUAAACGUGGACCCAGUGUGCCAACAUAGGAGAAUUGCAAUGCUGUUCAACACUACCACCCAAGGUGAUGCGUUUAAUUUGUUUGAGUUUCCAGAGGACAGUCGAACCUGCUUUGAGAGGCCAUCUGUAGUUAUUAGCAACUUUUAGUGUUUUCUAUCCGAGAAAAAUCAUAUAUGUGACACAUAUCUGGUAAAGCCACCUUUAUACACAGAUUUUGACUAUGUUAUAACUUGCAUAAAUAGUUGAUGUUAUUGGGCUGAUGAGCCUAGCUUGUUCCUGGGGUGAUGACCUGCAAUCAAGAACACCAAAAUCAAUCUCCUGUACAUGUAUUUAAUUCUCCAUCUUCCGGAGUCUUACACCGGAUGGAAGAAUAGAUCAGAUUUGUAGUUGUUGUUAAAUCAUGCCUUUAUUUCAUAUAAAAGGAAUACAUGUGUACAUCCAAGACCAGGUCCACGUUCCCUUUCCGAAACCAUGGCAGGUCGCACAACAUAUAAAACAAAUACAAACAAUGAUGCAUUACAACUACAAAUAUAUAUAUCAAUCAUGCAUAAUUACAAUUAUGAUUGUAUCAUGAAAUAUCGCUUCUAUGCAGAUUUUACUUCAUUUUGUAUCAUCGGAAUUAAUUUUUUAAGCAGUUUGAAGAAUAAGUGUCAUUAUGGAAGAUCAUUUUCUGGAACCUAAGAUUAGAAAUGUACUUAAUUUGCAUUUAGUUAGUUGAAAUGAAAUGUAUCAACAAUUUUUAAAACUGUUUUAGUGCCAAGUUUGCCCUCUUUUGAUGGGGCAAACGAAAAGAAGUGUAUCAAAAUUAUUUUUUUACUAAAGUGUUACAAUUCUAUUUUUUACUUUUAUAGUGCCAAGUUUGCCCCUUUUUAGAAAGCUGAUAUAGACCACAACUUAAUAAGUUCUGUAAUGUGGCUUGGGAGGGCAUGUUGUGUUUGUUGAUAAAAUGAGUAAUAACGUCUUCUAUAGGGUUGUUUUUUGUUGGGGGAGGGGCAGGGUUAGAAGCAUUUCAGACCAGUGAGAGUGAAAUCUGAAUUUGAUAUGGAACAAAUUACUUCUUUUAAAUAUUAUGCUUGUUUGCAUAUUGAUUACUUUGUUGUAGUAAAAAAAAAAGUGAAAUUUAUUUUUACAAAUUGCUUCACCGCUAUUUAACUUAAUUUUGUGUUUGUUUAUGUUUGUUUUAUGCAGCAUCCAGAAAAUCUUCCUUUGAUUAUGUCAUUUUGAGUUUUCAUUAUAAGUGUGUGCUUAUACAGUUACUGUUGUGAUUCAAAGGUAUGUAUUUGUGUAAUGAGAGAAAAGAGAUAAUAUAUAUAUAUUACUUGAAUACACUUGUUAGUCUGGCACAUUAUAUUUUACAUAUAACCUUUAUAUGAUUUUUAUGAAAGGAAAUAUACAUGCAUCUUUUGUUUUUUCAACUCUUUAUUUAGCCAAAAAUUGUCCACACUAUGAUUCCCAUGUGGGUACCUGUGUUCUGUCAAUUGGAAGGGACCCUUUUUUCUGCAGCAGCUCUUUAAAUAAAAUGUCCAUAAUUCUGAUUUAGUGUGUGAUAGGCCCCUAACACUUGCCUUAAACUUGACAAGGAUUUUCUUUUGUAUUCCUUUAAUGCAUAAUUUGAUAUUAUUCCUUAUAUUCAAAAGAGUAAGUGUGCCACAAAUCUCAUCACGAUCAAAAUUACAGCAAGAAUAAGGUAAAUUUCACAAGAGAAAUCAUCCAUGUCAUUUUGUUUUGCAAAAACAACGGUUCCCAUGGGUGCACACCGAUUCAUUUUACACGCACUUCAGGAUUUUUUGACAAAAGAGAUGCCCUUUUGAGGCUUGUGAAUAAAAGCACUAAAAUAAGGCAUUUAUUAGGUUGAUGUACAGACAUAGGUACUCCCUUCAUAUGUACAUAUAUAGGCCUAUAUGAGUAGUUAACAAUGUUAUCGUAGAUGUAAUAGACUCCAGUUAUUCCUUAUUGUAAUCUAGCCAUAUGUAUAUACUCUCUCUACAUAUAGAUGCCUUUCUUGAAGAUGUGUAAUACAUUAAAUAUUUCCUCUUUUCGUGGGUAAUUUGAUAAAAGUUAUGAUGAAUUGCAUGUAAUGUUUGUAGACUCUACUUGUUUCUUAAUAAAAAUGUGGAAGGAGUGUCCAAAGUUUUAUAUUGGGUAUUUCUUUAUAGCAAUGUCCGAUAGCAGCUUAUCUGAUUUAUUGAGUAUAAGACAGUAGGUAAGCCAUGGGAGUAAAACUUUCACUGAUAUUCUUAUCAACAAAUGAUUCUGCUGGACAGUCUUUAUGUACUACAUGAAUGUAAAUGUUCUGUUAAUUAGCAAUCACUUUUUAUAUGGUUAUGUAUAUGAAAUAUAUGAAGCAUGCACGUUAUUGUCUUUUGAAACUACAUUUUAUGCAUAUAUUAUAUUAUGAUUGUAAGGUAAAAUUAUUUUUAUUGUGUGAUUAGGUUACUUGAAAUUAUGGUACUAUUACAUUACUCCAUGUACUUAAAUUUGUAUGCAAAUAUAUUCUUUAUAUAUCUAGAAAAUUUGUACAAUUCCUUGGUAUGUAUAUGUUUUUAAAAACUGAAAUUGGUGAAUAGAUUAUAGUUUUAGUCUCUUCUGGUAGCGAACAAUGUGAAGUAAUUGUGAAUGAAAUCAUGAUAAAUGUCUCUUGAAUUUGUUUCCAGGGUUGCUUUGCUUCAUGAAACAAAACAAGUGAUAUGUAGUCCUGUGAGGUUCAUCUAGUACUAGAUAUAUUGAUUGAAAUGCCCAAAUGCUCUUUCACAAAAUGUUGUGUAAUACUACCAAAAAAAAGUGGUAGAAUGGGACCAAAGGAUAAAUGCAAAAUUUCGAGAAGUGUUUUUUAAUGCAAUUUUCUGAAAAAAUAAGGCAGACUCUUUUGCUAUAUGUAAUCUUUAUGAAUUUAGAAAUGCAAAAAAGUAUGUACUGUUACUUGGCAAACAUCAUGUCAUGAUAAUGUAUACAUAUUUAAACAUAUUUUCAUAUGAUAAUACCCAAGGAUUUUGUAUUCUUCAAUGACUCAAAUCAAUUCAUUUUACUAUACAUUCUGCCAUAUACAACUGGCAUUUGCCUUCUUAAUAAUAAUGAAAGUGCAGCUUCUUUGAAGAUCUUUGUUGUUUGUUUUGUGCUCUUUUCUAUGAAACAUAUGUGUUUAUCUUUCAUUGCCAAUUAUAUGCUUACUUUAAUGAGAGACAACUCAUAAUGGCAUUACUUCUACUCAGCACAGUUUAUUGCACAAUGUGAUUGAUGGGGCAAUGUGGAAGUAUUUACACAGCUGCUUGUCAGGGAGGUAAUUAAUUAUAUGAUUGUUUAGUUUAUUGAAAUGAAUGCAAAAUAGGCACAAGCUUAUGUGAUGGGGCAAUGUGGAAGUAUUUACACAACUGCUUGUCAGGGAGGUAAUUAAUUAUAUGAUUGUUUAGUUUAUUAAAAUGAAUGCAAAAUAGGCACAAGCUUAUUUGGUGUAAAAAUCUCACCUGAAUUUCACCCGACCUUGCAUCUUUUCUAAAACUAGUCAUCUGAAAAAUUAUAUUACAGUAACUUACCUGUAUCUCAUUGAUUUAAGCAAAGAAACAUUUUGUUCUACUUGCAUAUGUAAUCAAGGAUACCUUCCAUACCUGAGGAUAUUCAUUUCUUUAUUUUGUAGUUGUAUGUCUUCCCAUAAGAACAUUUUUGUAUGAGAAAUGAAUGUGGAAUAAAUCUGAUUGUGCUCAAUCUACAUGUUAUGGAAUUGAUGUAACUAUAAUCUACUAGAA